CUAACCACUUGUGAAGAAUGAUCAGCUCUGACGAACAAGACGAAAUAGUCGGCAUUCUGCUCGCCGCUUCUGUAGCAGCUUUUCAAGAAGAGCAGCGAAAAGCUCGAAGUAAAACAGCCCGCCACGCCCAGCCUUGCAAGAACGAGAUAAAAUGGGUCAUGGCAAUGCGUUGCUACCCCAUCUACGGUCGCGCCAUGUGGAAUACUACAGAGACUAUUUGAGGAUGCCCCCGCGCUCCUUCGACACGUUAUUAGAACUCCUGAAGCCAAGGAUACAGAAAAGUGACACAAACUACCGAAAAGCGAUUCCUCCAGAGCACCGGCUAGCGCUAGCUGUCAGGUUCUUCGCUGCAGGGGAGACUCUGCGCUCCUUAUAUUUCAACUUUCUAUCUGGCCGCUCCAGGGCUUGCGUGAUUGUCGCCGAAGUAUGCCAGGUCAUUUGGGAUGUCCUCGGGCCGAUUUAUUUCGCACGGCUGUCAAUUCCAGGCGAAUGGCUAAAGGUUGCGAGAGAGUUUGCGGACAAGUGGGACACACCACAUUGCCUGGGUGCGAUAGAUGGAAAACACGUGAAUGUCGAGUGUCCAGCAAACUCUGGAAGCAGAGACCGAAACUACAAAAAUGCGUUCAGCAAGUCACUGCUCGCAUUGAGCGACGCCCAUUCUAGCUUCCUGUAUGUUGAAAUCGGCCACCAUGGAAGCGAAUCAGAUGGUGGAAUAUUCAGCAGGAGCAAUCUACAAAUGAAAAUUCUUGACAGCACUCUUGGCCUUCCUGCGUGUGCAAAUCUUGGAAGGAUAGGCGACAUUCCUUAUUUUUUCGUAGGCGAUGAAGCCUUCCCUUUGAAGACGUACAUGAUGAGGCCGUAUUCCCCAAAAAGUCUUCACCCUCUUCUCUCAGGAAGCUCAUCUACGGCCACAGUGCAACCUUGCAGUGCAGACAGCAGCGCAAUCACACAAUUUGAGGAAUUGCAGCAGAAAAGAAUAUUUAAUUACAGGUUAAGCAGGGCUCGCAGAGUUGUAGAAAAUGCCUUCGGCAUACUGGCACAGAGAUGGCGGAUACAUCGCCGCCCUUUCAAGGCAAAGGAAGAUAAUAUCAGGAGGAUAGUGUCCGCUUGCGCAGUGCUCCACAACUUCCCUUGGAAGGAAUCAGCCGACUCAAAGGCCAUGUACUGUCCUCCGGGUACCACCGACACUGAGGACUGGCAAGACAACCUGACUGAUGGGAGCUGGAGGGCUGAUGGCACAGCCGGUGGAGCUCUGGUCACCUUGCACGGUGCAGAUUGCCACUCGGCCAGGUAAUGUUGGCAUAGCUAUGAAAGUACUGUUUUUACGCGCACACCUAAGUUGCAGUACACAUGUUUAAAGCAAACUUUCCUUUGUCUAGUCUGCCACAAUGGCAUGUUGGUCUGUCUGUCUGUCAGUAUUGUUGUUGCAUAUAUGUUUGCGCUGACACACACACAUAUACAUGUACUAGCUCUGGUAUUUGCUUACUUUGCAUGUUGACCGUCAGUAUAGUGCAAUGAAGUACACCUCUGUACCAUGUAAUUAAACAGUAUAACACGACUUAAAACU